CGUGAUGGCGUCAGGCGCCGCGAGCGCCGUUUCCUGUUGUCGCUGGCCGGGAGGCCGCAGCGCCUGGUCUGAGGCUUAGGGGCUGCAGUGGCCAGGAGUGCCCCGCGCCCCCUCCCCGCUCCCUCUGCAGCUGGAGGGCUUAAACACUGGCCUGUUGUCGUGCAUAGCCAGGUGCAGGAUCGGAGUCAGGCCGUAGAGACGAGGCUGUCGCGGAUGGCGGGGAAGUCUCUACUCUAAGAAGAAGAGGUUGCUGUUCACUGAUGAACGGAGUGUUUCGAAAGUGGUGAAGCCAGGUUAUCCAUUUCUUCUUUUAAUGUGUCAUGUGAUUCUCCGAGGGAGCUGCAGUGUGAGCGGAAAUGCUCUCGGUGGUGGAGAAUGGACUGGACCCCCGGGCUGCCAUCCCGGUCAUCAAGAAGAAGCUAGUGGGAUCUGUGAAGGCGUUGCAGAAGCAGUACGUGUCCUCGGACACAGUGGUCACUAGCGAAGACGGAGAUGCCAACACCAUGUGCGGUGCCCUGGAGGCUGUAUUUAUCCACGGCCUGCAUGCCAAGCACAUCCGAGCCGAGGCCGGAGGGAAAAGGAAGAAGAGCGCCCACCAGAAGCCUCUGCCUCAGCCUGUCUUCUGGCCCCUCCUGAAAGCUGUCACCCACAAACACAUCGUCUCAGAAUUGGAGCACCUGAUCUUUGUCAGCACGGACGUGGGCCGCUGCCGGGCCUGGCUGAGGCUGGCCCUCAAUGACGGCCUGAUGGAGUGCUACCUGAAGCUGCUCCUCCAGGAGCCCGCCCGCCUGUGCGAGUACUAUCAGCCCACAGCCCUGCUUCGAGACGCCGAGGAGGGCGAGUUCCUCCUCAGCUUCCUGCAGGGACUGACGUCCUUAUCCUUCGAGCUCUCCUACAAGUCCGCCAUCUUAAACGAGUGGACGCUUACCCCACUGGCUCUCUCUGGGCUUUGCCCGCUCUCUGAGCUCGACCCCCUCACCACCUCUGGGACAGAACUACAGCGGAAAGAGUCUCUGGAUUCAAUUUCCCAUUCCUCAGGCUCGGAGGACAUCGAAGUCCAGCACUCAGGCCAUAAGAUCCGACGGAACCGGAAGCUCACGGCCUCCUCCCUCAGCCUGGACACCGCCAGUUCAUCCCAGCUGUCUUGCAGCCUAAACUCUGAUAGCUGCCUACUCCAAGAGAAUGGCUCCAAGAGUCCAGACCGUUCCGAGGAGCCCAUGUCCUACGACUCCGACCUGGGGACAGCAAAUGCCGAUGAUUCAGACCCGCCUCUGCAAGAGGUAUUGUCGGAAUUCAGCAAAGCCCAGGUAAACUCUGUGCCAACCAACGGACUGAGCGGACUGAGUGGAGAAAUGGAGAUUCCCACGGGGCGGGCCUCACUCCCCCUCCCCGGCCUGGAGGCCAGCAUCCCUUUUGAUGUGCCCGCAGAGCCCCUCCCGCCCCAAGCGUCCUCUGGGACUCAAGAUGGGGACCGCAAGCAGGAGCCGCCUCCCCAGGCACCUGGCACCCUGGGCUUGCUGCAGUUGGGCACUGCCAAAGCUGUCCUCUCGGUGAGCAUUUUAGACCAGAGGCCUUCCAGUCCCGUGAGAGAGGCGGCGGCCAGAGCAGUCAGCCCGGGGAGUGGCCGGCAGAAGUCUCUGGAGGAUGACGGAGCUGCAUGGAGCCUUGGGGUGUCCUCACCCACCAGCCCGAAGAGCAGGAGCUGGAUUUCAGAGGAUGACUUCUACCGGCCUCCCCAGGAGCCGCCCGCAGAGAGCCCUUCAGAACACUCCGUGGCUUCUUCCGGAGGGACUGCGGAGUCCAGGCCUGGGCUCCUCCGGCAUUUUUCUCAAGGGCCAAGGAAAAGCCACUCCACGGGGGCCUUAGACCAAGCCUGCGUGCCUUCCCCAGGAGGCCGGCCAAGCAGGGCAGCGGCGGCCCAGGAGCACCAGAACUUCAGGGUGGUGCACCGCAGGCAGAUGGGGCUGUCCAACCCAUUCCGGGGUCUCAUGAAGCUGGGCACCGUGGAGCGGCGGGGGGCGAUGGGCAUCUGGAAGGAACUCUUCUGCGAGCUCUCCCCUCUGGAGUUCCGCCUCUACCUGAACACCGAGGAACGCACCUGCGUGGAGAACUGCUCCCUGCUGCGCUGCGAGGCCGUGGGGCCAGCCCACGGCGACGGCCGCUUCGAGCUGGUCUUCUCUGGCAGGAAACUGGCCCUGCGGGCCUCCUCCCAGGACGAAGCCGAGGACUGGCUGGACCGGGUGCGGGAGGCCCUACAGAAGUGCCGGCCCCAGCAGGAGGAUGAGUGGGUGAACAUCCAGUACCCGGAGCAGCCCGAGGACCCCCCAGACGCCCCCCAGGGUGGCCUCCCCUCCCACCCGGACCCACCCACUGAGCCCGAGACUCUCCAGGGCACGCAGUUCUGUUGGUCCUCUGCCCAAGUUCCCGAGCCAGACGCUAUUAAAGAAUCCCUUCUGUACCUGUACACGGACAGGACCUGGAUGCCCUAUAUUUUUUCCCUAUCCUUGGAGUCUCUGAAAUGCUUCCGAGUGAGAAACAACGAGAAAAUGUUAAGUGACAGCCACGGAGUUGAGACCAUCCGAGAUAUCCUGCCAGACACGAGCCUCGGGGGCCCAUCCUUCUUCAAAAUCAUCACGGCCAAGGCCGUCCUGAAGCUGCAGGCCGGGAAUGCUGAGGAGGCCGCCCUGUGGAGGGAGCUGGUGCGCAAGGUCCUGGCGUCCUACUUGGAGACGGCCGAGGAGGCGGUGACACUGGGCGGGAGUCUGGACGAAAACUGUCAGGAGGUGCUGAAGUUUGCCACGCGGGAGAACGGCUUCCUGCUGCGGUACCUCGUGGCCAUCCCCACGGAGAAAGGCCUUGACUCCCAGGGCUGCUUCUGUGCAGGCUGCUCCCGGCAGAUUGGCUUCUCGUUUGUACGACCCAAGCUUUGUGCCUUCUCUGGCCUCUAUUACUGCGACAUCUGCCACCAAGAUGAUGCCUCGGUGAUUCCGGCCAGGAUCAUCCACAACUGGGACCUCACCAAGCGCCCGAUCUGCCGGCAGGCUCUGAAGUUCCUGACGCAGAUCCGGGCCCAGCCCCUCAUCAACCUGCAGCUGGUGAAUGCCUCGCUGUACGAGCAUGUGGAGCAGAUGCGCCUCGUCCGGAGGAGACGGGAGCAGCUGAAGCUUCUGGGGGAUUACCUGGGCCUAUGCCGAAGUGGGGCCCUGAAGGAGCUGAGCAAGAGGCUCAACCACAGGAAUUACCUCUUGGAGUCUCCCCACAAGUACAGUGUCGCUGACCUCCAGCAGAUCGCGGACGGGGCGUACGAAGGGUUCCUCGAUGCCCUGAUCGGAUUCGCCUCCCAGCACGUCUACCACUGCGACCUGUGCACCCAGCGUGGCUUCAUCUGCCAGAUCUGCCACCACCACGACAUCAUCUUCCCCUUCGAGUUUGACACCACCGUCAGGUGCGGUGAGUGCAAGACCGUCUUCCACCAGAGCUGCCAGUCCGUGGUGAAGGGGGGCUGUCCCCGCUGUGCCCGCCGGCGCAAGUACCAAGAACGGAGCGCUCUCCUCUAAGCCGCUGUGCCGUCCCCAGCCCGACACUGCGGGGCAGCGGCUCACGGCCAGCCCGGCCGCCUGUGGCAUCAGCCUGCAUACUCUUGAGGUGUCCCAGCCGUGUCCCCUGUCGGGAGGACCCAGAUGCGACCGGAGCAUGAGCCUACCAGACGAAGCCCUCGAGGAUGUCCCCCAGUCCCUCUACCACCUGUCUGCUCCACAAGGUGGGGACGCCAUCAGAUGCCCCGCCCCGUCCCAGGGGAAGCCGGGAGGGGAGCUUUGCACUAACCAGGCCCCAGCUCACCUCACAGACACGGCACCUCCAUCAGGGCUCUUCAAACACUGUGGAAACCACACUUGGGCACGUGCUCAGUUCCACAUUCCGGAUUCAAAAAAGGUCUAGUUUUUUAAGGCGGGUUUUUUCCCUUCAUAUUUCAAUAGAAAAUAUUUUUUUAUUCUUGACCCUACACAAGUCACCCGAGAAAUCCAGACAUUCUCAUGCGGAGCAAACAUGUGGGAGCAUUUGGCCUGCGGGCCAAAGGCGGGUGGCUGGGCGGGCAGGCUGCCGCUGGGCCAGAGCCUGUCAGCUCUACGGGUGCCUUUCCUUCACCCGCGCCCGACACUGCUGCCCACGGCUCAAAUACGACGUGCCAAACCGCCCAGGGGCUGUCAGGGUCGGUCCCGAUGAGCACCCUCUUCCUCUCCCUCGCCUCUUUUCGCCCUGCCCUGCCCUCCUCACCUGAAAAGCCCGUCAUCUCUCUCCACGUCACCUCUCUCCGCGUCAGAGCCCCCUGGCUCCGCCGUAGCCCAGGCUCUCGGUCCCUGCGGGAGAAGAGAGGGACUCGGAACCAGCACUGUGAGCACUUUGAGCCCUCGCUUGGUCCAGGGCCGGGUCAUCAUCUUGCCCACCCCUCAGCCCCGUGCCCUCCUCACCUGCUGCAGACCCAAAGCCAGACGGGCGGGGCUGCUGCAGACACACUCUCAGGGGGACACCCCCCACCCCCCACCGCCUGACUGACCCGUGCUGGGACAGAGGAAGGCGGGGCCCACAGAGAGGGCAGUGAGCCCAGGCCAGCCUUGGGCACCGUGGAGCAGUGACCCCCGUCCUCCCAGGAAGAGUGCCAGCCGUGCUGCGGCGAUGUGUGGGGAUGGCCGCCUCGUGGGAGGGAUGCCUAGCCUCAGUUUACAAAGCCAUGAAUUCACAAAGCUUUGCUAGACUGGCCCAGAGGGGGUGCCGCCAGAGACUAGAGAAUUUCCCCGGAGCACGAUUGCCUUUUGAAGGGGUGUGGGGUAGAGUGCGAGCCUGGAAUGGUUUGCAAAGUGAUGUUUAGACCCUGUGGUUUGGGAGCGAUUCCCCUGCUGCCUUCCCCCAUCUCUCCUGGACCCAUCGCCCCCCUGACCCCCAGCCCUGGGCCGUCUGGCCGUCCUGUCAGCUCUCGGCUUGGAUUGGGGCCUCAGGUGGAGACUGCCUUUCACUGUCAAGAGAUGAAUCUACUCCCACCUCUCCCCUGGGGUGAUUUGGCUGCUGAGUCACCUGCCCAGCCCUGUGGAGCUGGAUAAGUUGUGCAAUAGAAGAGAGGAGGUGGUAGGCAGGUGGGGGAGGGGGCUGCCACACAGCCUGUCUGUCCCCUGUCACGGAAACAGUAUGCACCUAUGCCCGGCACACCAAAGCCUCCUAAACGGGGAAGCGGAUCCCUAUCCUCAGCCUGCACCCCCACAGCCAGCAUUAAUGCCCCACCGCAGACCCAGUGCGGCCGGCCAGAGCCACAGAUGCCCCAGAUCCCCCAGUGGCCCAGAGCCGGCCUGGGACAGUGGGUGGUGCCGCCCAGGCCGGGCCUCAUCUCAGGCCCUUGAGAACAAUGUGCGCACCAGAAGGUGCCCUAGGAGGCAACAGGAGUGAGGCCCCAGAGGAGCUCGCUUAGGCUGUGUGGGGCCUGCGCCCCCCCCUCCUCCUCCCCCUCCACCCCCACCGGGGACUAGCAGCAUUAACUACAACUCACCCUCUCCCCAGUACCAGAAAGCUGCUGAUGCUUCCUGAUGAGUUGACUCUUACCCUCUCACCUCCAAUGGAAAGCUGAUGUGAACCUCAGUGGUGCCCACACUAUUUUUAAAACGCCAUUUUAUGCAAUAAACUGUUUUCUAGUGAGGCACGCUGGCCCCGAAAGGCGCUUUGCAAUGUACUGAAGGAACUGCUGCUGUGUGAUUUUUGAAUGAUUUUGCAGUAAAGACCUGAUCUUUCUCA